AUGGUAACUGGUGUUGUUAAUCCUCCGAGUUACUUUUUUUUGGGCUUUUUGUACAGGAUGAAAAUCUACUUGGUUUUCUUACUCAUUGGAUUUGGGGCGUUACUCUGUCACAGUGAAGCAAUGUUUAAACAACAUUUACCAGCUGAACUUCUGUGUUCAGACAUAAAUUGUUUGAAAACCAUAACUACUGGAAGUCUUAUCAAAGAUGUUAAUGUACCGAAUAAGAAAACAUUAAAAGUGAAUACCUUAGUGGACAUAAUAGGAUUAAGCGCUGAUGCUACUAAUUCUAUGAUGAAAAUAAAAUUCGGCGAAGAACAUUUAUACAUCGACCCAAGUUUUGUACAAAUUAAGGAUUCAGUUAAUUCACGCAAAUUUUUAAAGGUGAAAAACUUCGAUAUAAAUUUGAAUCCUUCGACUCUAUUAGAUGAAAGAACACUUAAUCUAAUGUCACCUUACCAACUACCAUCGGAUGAAGAUUUGAAUUACAAAUCUACAAAGAAAAUAUCUGAGAAAGUUCAUCCAGAUAACAAGCAAACACUUUUCCGCAAUCAAAGACAGAGUAAUGCUUAUGAUACUAAAGAAGGGACGAAUGAAAUUGAUGAGAUGGACGUGGUUAGUCGCAGAAGUUAUGAUCAAGUGAGCAAACAAGAAACUACAUACAAGAUAGAUUCUGAUGAAGUGGAACAAGAUGAAAAAAUUGAGGAAGAUAAUGACGACAAUGAGUUUGACUAUAACAAUUCAUCUGAAAUAAAACAUGGUGACACGGAUACCGCUGACUAUCCAUCCGAAUCACCCGGAGAACCGGCUUCUGUGAAUCAACAACCAUCAUCUGUUCAGUCACAUCACGCUGAAAUGAAGGUGUCUGAAACCGAACAUGUGGAAAGUCAUGUACAAAUACGACCACCGACUGUCUCAUCCGAUACUGAUAAAGAGUCGAAGGUGGAUGUUUCGAGUAGAUCUGAGCAGGGUGAACCUGUUUCUGUGAAUCAACAACCGUCAUCUGUUCAGUCACAUCACGCUGAAAUGAAGGUGUCUGAAACCGAACAUGUGGAAAGUCAUGUACCAAUACGACCACCGACUGUCUCAUCCGAUACUGAUAAGGAGUCGAAGGUGGAUGUUUCGAGUAGAUCUGAGCAGGGUGAACCUGUUUCUGUGAAUCAACAACCGUCAUCUGUUCAGUCACAUCACGCUGAAAUGAAGGUGUCUGAAACCGAACAUGUGGAAAGUCAUGUACAAAUACGACCACCGACUGUCUCAUCCGAUACUGAUAAAGAGUCGAAGGUGGAUGUUUCGAGUAGAUCUGAGCAGGGUGAACCUGUUUCUGUGAAUCAACAACCGUCAUCUGUUCAGUCACAUCACGCUGAAAUGAAGGUGUCUGAAACCGAACAUGUGGAAAGUCAUGUACCAAUACGACCACCGACUGUCUCAUCCGAUACUGAUAAGGAGUCGAAGGUGGAUGUUUCGAGUAGAUCUGAGCAGGGUGAACCUGUUUCUGUGAAUCAACAACCGUCAUCUGUUCAGUCACAUCACGCUGAAAUGAAGGUGUCUGAAACCGAACAUGUGGAAAGUCAUGUACCAAUACGACCACCGACUGUCUCAUCCGAUACUGAUAAAGAGUCGAAGGUGGAUGUUUCGAGUAGAUCUGAGCAGGGUGAACCUGUUUCUGUGAAUCAACAACCGUCAUCUGUUCAGUCACAUCACGCUGAAAUGAAGGUGUCUGAAACCGAACAUGUGGAAAGUCAUGUACCAAUACGACCACCGACUGUCUCAUCCGAUACUGAUAAGGAGUCGAAGGUGGAUGUUUCGAGUAGAUCUGAGCAGGGUGAACCUGUUUCUGUGAAUCAACAACCGUCAUCUGUUCAGUCACAUCACGCUGAAAUGAAGGUGUCUGAAACCGAACAUGUGGAAAGUCAUGUACAAAUACGACCACCGACUGUCUCAUCCGAUACUGAUAAGGAGUCGAAGGUGGAUGUUUCGAGUAGAUCUGAGCAGGGUGAACCUGUUUCUGUGAAUCAACAACCGUCAUCUGUUCAGUCACAUCACGCUGAAAUGAAGGUGUCUGAAACCGAACAUGUGGAAAGUCAUGUACCAAUACGACCACCGACUGUCUCAUCCGAUACUGAUAAGGAGUCGAAGGUGGAUGUUUCGAGUAGAUCUGAGCAGGGUGAACCUGUUUCUGUGAAUCAACAACCGUCAUCUGUUCAGUCACAUCACGCUGAAAUGAAGGUGUCUGAAACCGAACAUGUGGAAAGUCAUGUACCAAUACGACCACCGACUGUCUCAUCCGAUACUGAUAAGGAGUCGAAGGUGGAUGUUUCGAGUAGAUCUGAGCAGGGUGAACCUGUUUCUGUGAAUCAACAACCGUCAUCUGUUCAGUCACAUCACGCUGAAAUGAAGGUGUCUGAAACCGAACAUGUGGAAAGUCAUGUACCAAUACGACCACCGACUGUCUCAUCCGAUACUGACAAGGAGUCAAAUGUUGAUGUUUCACAAAUUUUUUAUUCCACCUCGUCAAGCAACUUUUUGAACAAUGAUAGUCAUAUAGAAUCUAAUAUGUCAAAUUCACAUUUUUCAUUGCAUGAUCGUAAACAAGGAGUCAUCACCAGUGAUCUCAUCGGUGUUCAAGAUAUUGGAAUAAUUUAUUCUUCAGAUGUAAAUAGCUCUACUCUUUCAUCCGUUUCACGAAAAAUGUCUGAGGAUCAAAUUAUUUUCGAUCAUCACAGUGUUCCAGUUCACUUAGGUUUGAUACAAUGUAUAUACUGGGCAGCAAACGCUAGUUUUGAUAAAACGUAUUCUAAAACUGUUAGAUCACCUUUUUCGCUCUUCUUAGUCAAUGGAUUUAGGUACUUCUUUGCAGCUGCUAACGUUUCUCUGCAGUAUUUACCAGAAAACAUUAUUUCCAAUUUAGAUAAUUUUUUGCUUGAAACAUUUUCUUUAUCAGUAAAUUUCAUUAUUGCUUGGAUGAUUUUUAUAUUUCACUUAAUUUUUAUGUGGAAUCUUAGUAAAGGUGUACAUUUCCUUCUGUAUAAAUACAUUUUUGUUGAAAAAUACACAUCUCCAUCUCUCGUAGAAUAUCUAAAACUUGAGGAGUAUAGCAUUCAACUAGCUAGCCAACUUUCAGAUACGGAAGAAUUUAAUUCUCAUUUAUCUAAAUGGGCUAAUUCACUUUCAUACAGUCUUCAAAAUCUACAGGAAGAAUAUACUUCCAAAUUAUCUGAAAUGACAUUAUCUAUGGAUGAAUCACGGGAAUCUUUCAUACGUGCUCAAUCGGAGUUGAAUCAUUUAAAAAAUACUCAUAAUUCACUGGAACAAAACUUACGUUUGAAGUUAACUGAUAAAGAAGAAGUCAUUCAUGAAUUAAACUCAGAAAUUAAUCGUCUGAAACAAUUACACUCUGAAAAUGAUGAUAAAUGGAAGAAAAGUCUUUUAGAUCUAGAAGAAAGUAACCGUAAGUCAAUAGACGAAUUGAAAGAGGAACAAGAACAGUUAUAUUCUCAAGCUAAUUUAUAUUAUAAUCGCAUGAAGACGAUGCAAUCAGAGGUCGACAAAAUUUUAGAAUCUAGAAAAGCAUCUGAGGAAAAGUUACUGAUUAAAGAAGCAGAAUUUCAAAGUUUGCUUGCUACUUUCAAUACGCUUAAAGGUCUUGAGGUGAUUUUUGAACAAGAAUCUUCCUCAAAACAGGAAACAAAUGAUAUGGAAGAACGUGAAGUAACCACCACUGACAAUCUAUCUAAUGUUAGUCGCACGUUAGAGGAUGACGUGGAGAUUAGCGAUAAGUCAAGCAUUAUUUCCGAAAGUGCUUUAUGUGAUUUAAAUGAAGUCGAUGAAAAGACUACAGAAAAAUCUAGAUUACAGAAGAAUUUAUCAUUGCUCUUAGAUGUUGGUCGUUUGCAUGCUCAAAUCAGACUUAAAGAUGAACAAAUUAAAGCUGAAGAGUCUAAAGCAAAAAAUGAACAUGAUCUUCGAGUUGAAGUUGAAUCCAAAAUGGAAGAGGUAGAAAGAGAAAAUUCAACUCUUAAAGCUAAUUUAAUUCAUAUUGAACAAGAAAGAAAUGCUUAUCAAACAAAGCUUGAUAUUUUAUCCUGUUAUUUUAAAGAACGUGAACUUGAACUGCAAAGGGAUUUAGGUAAGCAUGUCGUAGUUGGUUCAGAAUCUUCCGAAGCCCUUAUGCACAGUCGAAAGCGUAAUCAAGAGCUUGAGGGGGAAGUUAAAGUAUUACGAGAUCAAAUGGCAGCUUUACGUCGAGAGCUAGUGGAAACUGAAAGAACUAGUAGGCGUCAAAUAUCGGAGUUAGAUAAGCGUUCUCAUGAAAAUUGGUUAGCAGCUCGUGCAUCUGACCACCAAAUUCAAGAUCUACGUGAAGAAAACUUCAGUUUGCGACAAAAGCUCAUUGAAUCAGAGAACAAUGCAUUACGAUCGACAAUGCGCACCAUCCCGGAAAAAAUAAAUAGUUCAUCUCGUGACAAAAUUAUGAACAUUUUCACAAGACCUAUUUUACCACUAGAAUUUAUGAAAAAUCCAAGCUUAAGAGAUGUACGCUCUCAAUCAAGAAAUUCUCUAACAAAUUUAACAUCGCAACGGCCAGUAGCAGAAGCUAAUCCAUUCCCAUUCAUUCCAACACCACCCCGAGGAACAAUGCCUUUUUCAGGUGGACUUCAAAGAGAUGUCAUACCAACACCAACAAGGCCUCUUUUGCCAGGAUUUCCUCCAGUGCAAAUGAGUUUCCCGUCAGCAUUUUUAGCUCAACCAUUCGCGCCCGUCAUGAAAGCGAUGACUGACCAAAAUAAUAAACAAAAUAGUUCCCCUUCUUCUGUAAGCGGUUCACUAAAGUGAUUUUAGAUUUAUAACGCUUUGUUUAUUAUGUGGUUUUUCUUGCAUUUUAAUCUUCCGUUCUCUGCGUUCCGAUUGUUUCGUUGUGGUAUCAUUAUUUAGGUUAUUUUGAAUCAGGCUGUAAAGUGAUAAUAUUUUUACAUUUGGUCUUUUGAUAAUAAGUAUGUCCAGAUAUUAUAUUUCAUAUUACAUAUAUCAAGAAUAAUAUUUUAAACAUUAGUUGGUUAUUGCACAAAAAAAUCUUUUAUUCUGUGUUCGUACUUACUAAAAUGUUUCUGUUUGUUAUUUAUUGCUCCUAUAUUACUUUAUGUGUUUAUAAUGAACCAUUUUUGUUUUUGGUGAAUAAUGGUUCUUGAGUCAUUCGCUUUAUUAAAGAAAAUGUUCUAAAUUAGUGAAAAGUAUGUAUUUUUGUCAUUUCAUUAUCUAUUGUCUACCAACUGUCCUAAAGUAAUAUCACUGAAUUGUUUGAGUUCAUUGAAGAUAAUUAUUUGGUUUAU